GUAACGUCGUAGCGCUAGAACCCGGUCCAUUACUUCCAUUAUUAGGCGCUGUUUGAUGGGCGGCGAUCGCCCCUCUUGGUCCUGUCCUACAUAACAGUAGUAGUAGUGAAGUAAUUAGUACCUAGUAGGCUGUGUCGCAUCCUAGUCUAGUCAUUUUUCGUGCCUUUUUCUGACUGACUGGCUGACCCCGGUUUAUUUAUCGGGGCGGGUGUUGUCUUUUCUGGUCUUGUCUUGUCUUUCUUGGUUGUUCCAUUUCCGAAUGAUAAUCUCAUCCACAUUCACUCUCACAUCCACUUCUAUCUGACUUGGACCAAGACAAGCUUCUCACCCUGUUUUAUCAUUUGCUUGGUCUUACACCACACACACACACACACACACACAUACACCUUGGCUAUCAUUAUCAUCACGAUUAUCAUUACCAUAACUCCAAAUACGAUUCCAGAUUUGAUCCAAAUUCAAAAUCAAACACAAAAUGGUAGCCAUCACCGCCCGCGACCGACCCAAAACCGACUACGAGCGAUGGCUUGAACUCCAAGGCAACUCCGGCUCCGAUGACGACGCAACUAGCAGCGAUGAAAAGAAAUACCAUCCUCCAGGGCCUCUACCUGUUCCGGAACAUGGUGGUCAAGAUGCCCAUGCAAAAGCAGAUGAUGAUAAUAAUGAUAAUAAUAAUAAACAUAAAUACAUCCCUCACGGCACAUUUAUCCAUCAUGGGUAUCAUUAUGAACGGCCGGGAGUGUCAGCCGAUAACAACAUCAACAACAUCAUCAACGCCAACAAUCAUCCACAUCAUGCACUACUACCAGAUCAUCGCUUGGACGGGCCCUUUCCUGGAAAUUAUGGAGGUGUUGCGAUGAAGUUGGCACUGCUGGUACUGGUGGUACUGGGGAUACUGCAUGCGGUGCGGUUUGUUCGAGGCCGUCACCGACAUCAGCCUAUUCGGUUACAGAGUUCGAGGACGGUGCAGGGUGGGUUUGGACGGAGGGAUGAUGGGGGGAAGAGGAAUCUGGUUUGAUUAGAGGGGGACUGGUUCUUGGGGGUUAUGGAGGAUGUUGUUGGUAUUCUUUGAUUUCUGUUACUGGUGUUGGAGGAGUUGGAGGAUGUUCUGUAUACACCUUGCUUAUUGUACUAUCAUGUAUGUAUGCUUUGAUAUCAUAUUUCUCAUAGUAAGCUCACAAGAACGCAUGCUACAUGAGGAACAAAAUCCAUCUGUCAUUGAAUGCAUACAUCAUGAUGACAGUAGUCAAAGAAC